AUAGUACACAUAAGCAAUCGGAUGGUGGCAACCAUGAAACACAUUUACUACUGAACUGUUUUUACGAUACUUGACGAACAUUUAAUUUUCCGAACAUGUUGCGAAAUUUAUGCAGACUGGUGGGCCAGCAGGUGGGUCAGCAAGCACGUUUCACAGCCUACCGAAAAUUUUCCUCAACAAAAGCGCUGCGUAAAGAUCCAGCGCUCCAGGAGGCAGCGGAGUCCGGUCCACCCAAGAACAUUCUGGUAGAGAAAGACAAGAACAUCACGCUGAUCGGAAUCAAUCGACCGCAGCAGCGCAAUGCCAUCGAUUCCCUCACUGCCUCGCAGCUCUGUGACGCCUUCGCCAAUUUCGAGGCGGACGACAACUCCCCGGUGGCAGUGCUGUACGGCGUUGGCGGAUCCUUCUGCUCCGGCUUCGACAUCCUUGAAAUCAGCACUGACGAGAAGGAGGAAAUCAGUGUGGACAUUCUGAUGCGGCCGGAGGGCUCCGUGGGACCCACACGCCGCCAAAUCAAGAAACCAGUCGUGUGUGGCAUCAAUGGGUACUGCAUAGCAAAUGGCCUGGAACUUGCCCUGAUGUGUGAUCUGCGCGUCAUGGAGGAGUCCGCUGUUUUAGGAUUCUUCAAUCGUCGUUUCGGUGUGCCAAUGCUCGAUGCUGGCACUAUUCGUCUGCCUGCCAUGAUUGGCCUGUCCCGUGCUUUGGAUCUGAUACUCACAGGACGUCCGGUGGGCUCACAGGAAGCACACGAUAUUGGCCUGGUCAACCGAAUAGUGCCCACUGGCACUGCUCUAGGCAAUGCCCUGGAGCUGGCCACAUGCAUCGCAAAGUUCCCGCAACGUGCCCUUAUUCACGAUCGCAACUCAGUCUACUCGAGCACUUUUGAAACAUCUACGUUCCAUCAAGCGGUGCAAAACGAGGUGAUGUUCACUUCGCGAGAAAUUAUCGAGGACAUGCAGAACGGCAUCAAGUGGUUUAACCAGACCUUCAAACCGGACACCACGCAUUCUUGGUUAAAGCGGGAUCGCUCCAUGGCCGACUGGGACGAUGAGGAAGUGGCUGAGGCUGCUGCGCAAAAGGAGAAACUAAAAAAGGAACAGGAGGCUGCACUGGCCGAGGCUGAAAAACAAAAGCAGGCCGAAAAGUCCCAGAAAAAGUCAAAGAAAGCUGAAGAAAAGCCUGCUGAAAGCGCAGAUAGUAAAGAUCCGAAAGACAAGGCAAAUGAAAAGUAGUGACGCCUUAUCUAAACAAAAAUUAACUGUUCCAAAUCAUUUAAUAUAAUUUUGUAUAUAACGCACUCAUCAGCAGUUCCAAACUGUUCCAUUCGACUUUGCUAAGUUAUUCAAAUACAUUACUUAAACGAAA